AUGGAUGUGGCUGUGCGCGAGGCAGGAUUUGAGCCGCACAUCAAAUGCUUCGCGCACACAAUAAAUCUCGCUACACAGGCUGGCCUCGGUGUUGCGCAUGUUGCUCGUUUGCUCGAGCGGGUGAGACGUGUAACUGCUUUUUUUCACCGGAGUUCGACAGCUGCCGUGGUACUGACGUCUAAGCAGAAGCUGCUACAGCUGCCACCGCACAAAUUAAUAAUGGACGUCACCACGCGAUGGAAUUCAUCAUUGGAUAUGCUGGUUCGUUACCUGGAGCAGCAGGCUGCUAUAGCAGCAGCGCUCACCAGCCCAGAAAUAAGACAAAAUGCCCGAAACAUUGACACACUGGAUACCUACGACAUUGUCAAUGCCGAAUUUCUUGUGAAGCUGCUGAAUCCUUUAAAGACAGCUACCACUGUCUUGUGUGAAGAGAACAGGCCCACAGUGUCUCUCAUCGUGCCACUGAAGAACAUGAUAGAAGAAAACAUGGCACCAAAUGACAGUGAUUCCCCCAUUGUGGCCGACACAAAGAGAGCAAUUCUCAGAAAUAUUUCAGGCAGAUACAGUGGGGAUGUAUACAACUACCUGCUGGAGAGCACUGUGCUGGACCCAAGAUUCCAGUCUCUACUGCAGCUAGACUGCAACCAGCGUGAGGCAGUCUUUCAGAGGAUACAGAAAAGGGUGCAACAGUUGCAGCAAAACCAGCCCACAGAUGAGAAGAGUAUGGAGCGCAAGGAAGAUGCAUCAGCUCAUUGUUCCACACAUGGGGGCGAGGGGGCUCUUGAAGCUGAAGGCGGAGCUGAGUCAGAAGAGGAACCUGCUUCCAAGAAGACCGCACUUGAGGAUCUGCUAGGGGACUCUUUCUCGAAGACAGAACAGCCCAGCAAAGGAAUUGAGAGGGAAACUGAACUUUACAGAAGAGAGGCAUCUAUCCCACUUAGUUGCUGCCCUCUGACAUGGUGGAGAGAAAACAGCUCCAAAUAUCCUUUGCUGUCUCCACUUGUCAAAGAAUAUCUUUCCAUUCCUGCGACCUCUGUUCCAAGUGAGCGUGUCUUUUCAACUGCAGGAGACAUAGUUACUGCCCAGAGGUCACAAUUGCUGCCAGAAAAUGUAGACAUGCUUAUAUUCUUAAAAAAGAACAUGACCAUAUCUUAGGCUGUUCUGUAUAGGUCAUUACCUCAUUACCUAGGUCUUAGCUCUUUUUCCAUGCUUAAGAAAAUUUUGUUCAUUGUUUUGCACUCUUGAGUUUUAAGACAGCACUACUUUGAUAGUUACACUAAUUAUGGUUAAUUGCAUGUAAAGGGAUAUUUGUGUUGUUUAUUAUUUAUUUUUAUUUAUACUAUUUAAUUUUAUUGUGCAAUUAAUUGCCUGUCAGUUUGUGGCAAAAUAUUUUGCAGUGUUUACAUGUUAUUACUGCAUAUCAUUCAUCAAAAUAGAAGUUUUAUUUU